GCCCAAUGGAACGCUGGGCUCGGCUUAUCACUAGGGGCGUUUGUUGGGGGCGGAGCUCUGCCCUGAGUGGGCUGGGAGUCGUAGGUGCCCGGCGUAGCGGCGUUUGGGCCGAGCUGCCGCGGUGGGGAGCGAAUCCGUGGCCAUGAAGGAGGAGAAGGAUCAUAGGCCUAAGGAGAAGCGAGUAACCCUCUUGACUCCCCCGGGGGCCACAGGCAGCGGCGGUGGGGCUUCGGGGGACAGCACCAAAGGGGAAGAUAAGCAGGAUCGGAACAAGGAGAAGAAAGAGGCGUUGAGCAAGGUGGUAAUUCGGAGAUUACCGCCCACUUUGACCAAGGAGCAGCUUCAGGAACAUCUUCAGCCUAUGCCUGAGCAUGAUUAUUUUGAGUUUUUUUCUAAUGAUACUAGUCUGUAUCCUCACAUGUAUGCCAGAGCAUACAUCAACUUUAAAAACCAGGAGGACAUUAUUUUGUUCAGGGAUCGUUUUGAUGGUUAUGUAUUCCUUGACAAUAAAGGUCAGGAAUAUCCUGCCAUAGUAGAAUUUGCACCCUUUCAAAAAGCUGCAAAAAAGAAGACCAAGAAAAGAGAUACUAAAGUUGGGACUAUUGACGAUGAUCCAGAAUAUAGAAAAUUUUUGGAAAGUUAUGCUGCAGAUAAUGAGAAAAUGACAUCUACUCCAGAGACACUGCUAGAGGAAAUAGAAGCAAAAAAUAGAGAAUUAAUAGCUAAAAAGACAACCCCACUUUUGAGCUUCCUGAAAAACAAGCAGCGGAUGAGAGAAGAAAAGAGGGAAGAAAGAAGGAGGCGAGAAAUAGAAAGAAAAAGACAAAGAGAAGAAGAGAGGAGAAAGUGGAAAGAAGAAGAGAAACGAAAAAGGAAAGAUAUAGAAAAGCUAAAGAAGAUAGACAGAGUUCCAGAAAGGGACAAAUUAAAGGAUGAACCAAAGAUUAAGGUACACAGGUUUCUGUUACAAGCUGUGAAUCAGAAAAAUCUGCUCAAGAAGCCAGAAAAAGGAGAUGAAAAAGAAUUGGACAAAAGAGAAAAGGUCAAAAAAUUGGACAAAGAGAAUCUGAGUGAUGAAAGAGCCAGUGGGCAAACUUGUACACUGCCCAAGCGUCCCGAUGGUGAAUUUAAAGAUGAAAAGCCUAAGAGACCUGAAGAUGAGAGCAGCAGAGACUACAGGGAAAGGGAGCGGGAUUAUGAGCGUGACCAGGAGCGCAUACUGCGGGAGAGAGAGAGGCUGAAGCGGCAGGAAGAAGAGCGCCGCAGGCAGAAGGAGCGCUAUGAGAAAGAGAAGGCUUUUAAAAGGAAAGAAGAAGAAAUGAAAAAAGAGAAAGAAGCACUUCGGGAUAAAGCCAAGAAGACUGAAAGUACAGAACCAGUAGGCAGCUCAGAAAAAACUGAAAAGAAAGAAGAAGUGGUUAAGAGAGAUCGUAUAAGAAACAAGAUAGGAGAAAGGAAGCAGCAGUUAGAAGCAAAUUCACCAUCAACACUUACUGUCAUGUACUGUGGUCUGGAUCGCCCAGCAAUGCAGCUUUACCAACCAGGAGCUCGAAGCCGAAAUCGACUCUGUCCCCCUGAUGACAGCACCAAGUCUGGAGAUUCAACCAUAGACAAAAAGCAGGAAAGUGGUAUUAGCCAUAGAAAAGAAGGAGGCGAGGAGUGAUAAGUCCCAUUGGCCUUCGGUGUCCUGACUGUCUAGGCAGCCAAAGAGCACGUAUUAAGCAAUCCAGAAGUGCCUUCAGGGCAAAGGAAUAGAGAGAGAAAGGGGGUCGCUGUGCUGGUGGGGUCCACUGCAGAGGAGUAUGUUUUGCGUCAAAGCAGGAACCUGAUUGCAGGUUCAGAUUGGAAGUACAAUUUCAUUUUUUAUGCAGUUCCUACAAAUUAAUUUUAAAGUGUCAGACAAAGCUGAGGGAGAGGACAUGCAUUGCAAUUUGCAGGCAGGAAAUGUCAAGAGAGGACUUAAUUAGGUAUGACAUGAGAAGAAGAUAUGAGAACUGUCUCUAAAAUCAAAAGGCUUUGUUCAUCCUGGAUUGAAUUUUCUUAAUUUCCGUGGAGCAGAGUCACUUUGAGGUCUUGUUCAGAUCUAGUUAUAGUCAUUGUUGGUGAUAACUGUUGACUUUGUGUAGUGUAGAAGCAACAAGCAUGUGAUUGUAAUACAGUGAAGGAUAUAACAAAUUUUCGCUUAUGCAAAAAUUUAGUCAUGUCUAUAUCCUAUAUCCUAAAGUUUCAGGAUUCGUUUUAUUUUUUUUGUUUGUUUGUUUGCUUACAUGAGCUUAGCAUAAAAAAAUUUUUUAAGACAUCUUCUGCCUUUAGCAAUUUUUACAUUAGUAGGUAAAGUUUAACCCUUAUUUGUUGCCUGACAAUCCAGUCUUUGUUUUAUCUUAGGUCUCAUGAGCUGAGUGCAUACCCUCUCCAGGAAGGAAACUGCACAAAUAUUUGUUCCUGUUAAAAUAGCAACUUUUAGUCAUAGCUUGUUUUGCAUUGAUGUCAAUAAAUAUCAACAUCACUCAA